CGCUUCACGACGCAAACGUCUCUGUGAGCUAGAGAGGGAGGGAGAGAGUCUAGGUCCAUGCGGGAAGCAAUCUUCGAAUCAGCCUCUUUCAUUGCUGCGGAAGAAAAGGUGUUCUCCCCCCUGGCCUUUUCAGUUGAUGAGCAAGAAAGCGGUGAUGGCGGAACGGGGAUUGACGCGCUCGUUAAGCACGAAGGAGCAGGUCGAGGAUUCCCUCUUCGCCUACAGGAACGAGUUGGCUUGCCUCCUUUCUAGGUAUGUCGAUCAGGGAAAGUGUAUGCUGCAGAGUCAUCACCUGGUAGAUGAGCUUAAUAAGAUGAUUUCUGAGGAUGAUAGCUUAGGUCGCCUUAAGGAUGGACCUUUCCGAGAUGUAUUGAAUCUCACACAGGAAGCAAUAGUUUUACCCCCCUAUGUAACAAUGGCGGUGAGGCCAAGGCCUGGAGUUUGGGAAUUUGUCUCCGUAAAUGUUUAUGAGCUUACUGUGGAGCAGUUGAAUGUAACUGAAUAUUUGAAGUCGAGAGAAAGGCUUGUGGAUGAGCGAAUCAGUAAUCGUUUUGUUCUUGAGCUGGACUUUGGACCAUUUGCUGCUUCAUUUCCUCGUCCGAAUCACUCAUCAUGGAUAGGGAAUGGUGUGCAAUUUCUUAAUCGUCAUCUUUCAUCAAGAAUGUUCCGUGAUUCAGGAAGUCUCGAGCCUCUCCUCGAAUUCCUUCGAUCUCAUGAGUACAAGGGACAUGUCAUUAUGAUUAAUGAGAGAAUAAGGAGUUUGUCCUCGCUUCAAACUGCACUGUCCAAGGCAGAGGACUACCUAUCUAAGCUCCCAUCUGAUGUACCAUAUUCUGAGUUUGAGUACAAAUUUCAAGAAAUGGGACUUGAGAGGGGUUGGGGUGAUCAAACUCAGAAUGUCCUGGAGAUGGUUCGAUUACUCUUAGAUAUCCUACAGGCACCUGAUCCUUCUACGCUGGAGACAUUCUUGGGAAGGAUUCCGAUGGUGUUUAAUGUUGUGAUCCUUUCACCACAUGGAUACUUCGGUCAAGUGAAUGUUCUAGGCUUACCAGACACAGGUGGACAGGUUGUUUAUAUACUGGAUCAAGUUCGUGCUUUAGAGAAUGAGAUGCUUCUUCGAAUACAAAAGCAAGGUCUGAAUAUUAGUCCUCGUAUCCUUGUGGUGACGCGGUUGAUACCUGAUUCCAAACGGACAACAUGUAGUCAACGUCUGGAAAGAAUAAGUGGGACCCAACAUUCACAUAUUCUGCGAGUACCUUUCAGGACAGAGAACGGGAUCCUUCAUAAAUGGAUCUCAAGGUUUGAGAUAUGGCCUUAUUUGGAGCAAUUUGCAGUGGAUGCUGCCAGUGAAAUUUCUGCUGAAUUACAACGUAAACCAGAUUUUAUUAUUGGCAACUAUAGUGAUGGAAAUCUUGUUGCAUCUCUGUUAGCAUAUGAACUUGGAGUUACACAGUGCAAUAUUGCACAUGCAUUGGAAAAAACAAAAUAUCCAGAUUCAGACAUAUAUUGGAGAAAGUAUGAAGAAAAAUACCAUUUUUCAUGUCAAUUUACUGCUGAUCUAAUUGCUAUGAACCACGCAGACUUUAUUAUAACCAGCACAUAUCAGGAGAUUGCAGGAAGCAAAGAAUCCAUUGGACAGUACGAGAGCCACUCUGCCUUCACUCUUCCUGGCUUAUACAGAGUUGUCAAUGGGAUUGAUGUUUUUGAUCCUAAGUUCAAUAUUGUAUCCCCUGGUUGUGAUGCAAGCAUUUAUUUUCCAUAUACAGAAACACAUAAACGGUUAACUUCGCUUCAUCCAUCAAUCCAAAAGAUGUUAUUUAGUCCAGAGCAAGAUGAUGAAUCUAUUGGGUGGUUGAUCGAUCAGUCAAAACCAAUAAUCUUUUCCAUGGCAAGGCUUGACAGAGUAAAGAACAUUACAGGUCUAGUAGAAUGGUAUGGCAAGAGUACUAAAUUAAGAGAGCUCGUUAACCUUGUCGUAGUAGCUGGUUUUCAAGCUGCACAGAAGUUCAAUGACAAGGAAGAAAUGGAAGAGAUUGCGAAGAUGCAUUGGCUUAUAGAAAAGUAUAAAUUGAAUGGGCAGAUGUGCUGGAUAUCCUCUCAACUGAACAGGGCACGGAAUGGUGAACUAUAUCGUUAUAUAGCUGAUACAAGGGGUGCUUUUGUACAGCCUGCCUUUUAUGAAGGAUUUGGGCUUACUGUGGUAGAGGCCAUGACAUCUGGCCUGCCAACUUUUGCUACUUGUCAUGGAGGACCUGCUGAGACUAUAGAACAUGGGAUAUCAGGUUUUCAUGUGGAUCCCUAUCAUCCUGAUGCUGCUACUGAAAUCAUGGUCAGUUUCUUUGAGGAAUGCAAGACCAAUCCUGGAUAUUGGGAGAAAAUCUCUGCUGGUGCAUUACAACGCAUCUAUGAAAGGUUUACGUGGAAGAAUUACUCCCAGAGAUUGCUGACGUUGGCUGGAGUCUAUGGAUUUUGGAAGCAUGUUUCCAAUCUUGAAAGGCGUGAGACUCGGCGGUACCUUGAGAUGUUUUACAUCCUUAAGUUUAGAGAGCUUGUGAAUACAGUUCCACUUGCAACUGAUGUAUGAGCAUGCACACUGCCCAAUGGGAUGUCGAUGUUGCCUAUGUUCUGCGUCACAUUUUGCUGUCAAGGAAUCGGCACUGAUCCUGUUCAUCCAUCAGAGGAGUUGGUAGCAACUUCUUGUUGACAGCAACAAUGUCAAUCUAGGUUGUUGGGAUGUGUAAACUCGUCAGUAUUAUGUGUGAUAUUGGAAUUUAUGAUACUGUUAAGUUCCGGUAAAAGUUACGUGUGGUGUCGCCUCUCUACAAGCUCCUUUGGAAAUAUUGACUGCCAUGGUGUUAAAAGACUGCUGCUACUCGCAGCUUCU